AUGUCCCAGUUCAAGGCGUCUCCUCCGCCCUCCUAUGCCAGCUCCCUCGCAGGUGACGACAUGGACCAACCCCGGCGGCUCCGGUCCAUAAGCGCAGGUCCGUCGGAGGCCGACGAGGAGUUCUUUGCCUCGCAGGCAGUCGCUACAACUCAGCACUGGGGGAACGAGAAAUCCCGCGAGGAGCUUUCUGGUUUGCUUCUGAAAGCGGACGAGCUCAUCAAAGAGCGCGAGAACGAGCUUGACCGCACGACCGCCAUGUACAAGACCUUGUAUGAAAACAAUGUUCACCUCAAGGACAAGCACAAGACUCUUCUGGCGCGUCUACCUCGCUCCCCCUCGCCGAGUAUGUCUUCUGUUGGCUCGGGUACGCUAUCCCCAUCAGAAUCAGAUGCUCCGCUCCCCAAUUCCCCGCAUUUGUACUCCUCUACUUCCCGUCCGUCAUCCUCUCACUUUGGCGUCCUCGGGGAUCGCCCCGGACAUCAGCGUCGGAUCACCGUCUCCCCUUCCGACCUUGCGAAACUGUCUGACCAGAAUGCCGAGCUCAUUGCCAAAGUCGAGAAGCUGGAGUCCGAUUCAUCAACGAAUGAUCAGGCGGGUCGUAAGAAGCUUCGCAACUUGGAGCGCGAGAUCCAAAAUCUUCGACAAGAGCUCGAUCAAACGCGUGUGCGGAGUGAUGAGCUCGAGGAAAAGGCAAAACUCGCUGGCGAAGCGAAGGACCCUGACGAAAUCUGGAAGCGAAGACAGGAGCGUGAAGAGCGGUUGAAGGACUUGAAGGGCAAAGCCGAGACUAAGGACGAUAACGAAAUACGAGACUUUGCACCUGGAGGAGGUACCUUCUCUUCCAUUCGAACGAUCAGACCAUUUGGAGUCGCUCGGCGAAACAUGGGUGAUGCACGGCCGCGACAUAUGUCUGAAGUCCAUCCCCGCCCGCCUCUGCCUCGCGAUAUGUCCCUACCGGCUCUGUUCAGGCGCGACUCCGACGUGACCUCAUCGCCUCAAGGUCCCAAGUCCCGGUCGAAGGAAGAGUUUGCACUUGUAUCGCAGCUCCUUCUCAAAAUUCGCGAGUUGGAAGAAAUGAAUGCGAUGAUCAAGGAGCAGCAAGUGAUGACAACUUCGCAGCUGGAUGCCGUUGUACGGGACGCUGCGACUAUCCGUCUUGCAUAUGAGACCUUGGGUGACCCAGACGAGCCUGGAUGGAGCGCUGACAGCGGGCCUAUCCUGCUCUCCGACGAUGCUGAAGCCGAUACUUCUGGCGAAGUCGAGGAGACCAUUCGUUUCUCCAGCCUUCGGAGGUCCAUUGAUCAAGGCGCCUCUACUUUCGUGCUAGACAACGAUUUGGACAGCUCUCUGCGCCACGCCAUCAUCCCCUCCUUCGUCCCCAAGCCACCCGACCCUAACAUGCCACAUCCACACUCGAAAGCUCGCAAGUCUGUGGUGGGCCUGUUUGACUCCUCUCCACGGCUUGCUGGUGGAGCCAGUGCUGGCACUCCGUCGCAAAAACCUCUCUCCCUUGCGAUUCCUGUCCCCUUCCCAACUGCAGAGGAAAACUUUCAUACUCCCUCUACAUCUCCCACUCAUUCCAACAAAGAUUCCCCCAUUCCUUCUACCUCAUCCGAAGUCCUUCACAGUGGCUAUGAUCCCGAAGCCGUACGUCGGCCAACUCUUGAGAGCGAGCUCUCGAUGAAACUUGAGGAUUCGUGGUCGAACAAGCUUGACAGUUGGCAUAACAGGUCGAUGAGCCUGCGUAACCUGAUAACUAGCCCGCCGUCUCCCACGGAUAGUAUACCUGGUGCCUUUACCUUGGAAGUGCAGCCUCCUACUAGCACCGCUGAUAUGUCGCUCAACGACGAGUCUCCUUUCUCUCCUUCCCCCAUUGGCAUCUCAAGCUCGAUCACCAGCCCCGAUAUCCGUCUCGGACCCGGAGCUUGGCGAGGCCAAGUCGACUCUCCUCCGGGUCGCCCUGGCGAGACGGCGGCCGAAAAACAGCGCCGCAAGUCCAUGACCAUCCGCAUGCGCGCUAACAACUGGAAGGAAGCGCGCUUCACGCACACCCUGCCCGCGCAGCGCCGCGGCGGCUCCCUCGACCUGCCUCUGGCCUCUCCUCUGAAUCAUCCGAUCACACCCGUCCCCGAGCGCCUCGCCCUCGCGUUCGAUGACGCCGUCGGCACGAUUAGCCGCGCGAGCAGCGAGUCGACCAGUGCGCUUGAGCUCGUUCUAGAGUCUUCUGCCUCCGCUCUGACGGAAGAUGAUGAGGUCGACGGUGAGGGGCGCGCGCUCGUGCAUGUGAAGUCCGGCAGGAUGAGCACGUCGUCGGAGCAUCGCGGGUUCGGAUCUGUCAUUCUCGAGCUCUGGCUCUGGCUCCAGUUCAUCGUUAUCAUCGUCGUCUUUCUCUGGGCGAUGGCACGCCGCGGGCCCAAGCGCGUGCUCGCCGAUGCUGAGCGGAGGAAGAUCCAGUCGGCCUAG